AUGCCAAAUAAACCAGUCGUUCUCUACUGGCAUCGCACCGAUCUCCGACUUCACGACUCUCCCGCUCUCCACCACGCCUUGAGCCUGAAGCCAUCAAUUUUCAUCCCUAUCUGGACCUGGGAUCCCCAUUAUGUCUAUCGAUCCCGAGUAGGUCCCAAUCGCUGGCAAUUCCUGCUCGAAUGCCAGAAGGACCUGUCAUCAUCCUAUACCAAGUUGAAUUGCAAACAGAAGCUCUGGGUUGUUCGUGAGGCACCCCAAACCGUUCUUCCAAAGCUUUGGAAACAAUGGAAGGUGACUCAUAUCGUGUGGGAGAAAGACACAGAUGCUUAUGCUCGGGAUCGAGAUCAGACUGUCAUUCAGAUGGCGGAAAAAGCAGGUGUAGAGGUCAUCAUCAAGAUGGGCCGGACGUUGUUUGACCCGGACGAGUUGGUGAGCAAGAAUGACGGGAAGCCGACGAUGAGCAUGUCUCAGGUGGAAAAGGCUGCGGAGAAGAUUGGCAACGGUCAUCCGGAGAAGCCGUUGGAUCCUCCAAAGCAAAUCCCAGAUCCAUGGGACGAGGAUAAGAUGGACCUGGGUGACCUGGACCGGGAUAUCCCCGAUGCAAAGUCAGAUAUCAACAACCUCGACAAGAAGCAGUAUAGCGAUAUCAUGGGCCCCAACCAGGAUUUUUCCGUUCCAACACUAGCAGAGAUUGGAAUUGAUUCCUCCCAGGCCACGACACCGCAUCACGGCGGCGAAUCCAUUGCUCUACAGACACUGACCGGCCACAUCCAAAACGAAGAAUAUGUGGGCACAUUUGAAAAGCCCAAAACGUCGCCGGCAGAUUUUAAUCCUCAGUCUACUACUCUCCUCUCUCCACACCUUCACUUUGGCUCUCUCUCCGUCCGCCGAUUCUGGUGGGAUGUCCAGUCUGUCCUCGACAAGCGUAAACGGCAGAAGAAACACACAUCAGACGUCCCCGUCAAUCUGCCGGGUCAGUUGCUCUUCCGUGACAUGUACUUUGCCGCGCAGUCUGCGUUGGGGGCAUCGUUUGCUCAAAUCCACGGCAACAAGGUAGCCCGGUUCAUCGACUGGCAUCUCCAGUCGGAUGAAGAUGGAGGGUAUACAGUGGACUUUCCCGAGGCUGAAACUUGGUAUAAGCGUUGGAAAGACGGUAAGACAGGUUUCCCAUGGAUCGAUGCGUUGAUGCGACAACUCCGAAUCGAGGGAUGGAUGCAUCACCUGGGCAGACAUAGUGUCGCCUGUUUCCUUACGAGAGGAGGAUGUUAUGUUCACUGGGAAAGAGGAGCAGAAGUAUUCGAAGAAUGGUUGAUUGAUCACGAAACAGCCUGCAACAUUGGCAACUGGCAAUGGCUUUCAUGCACGGCUUUCUUCUCCCAGUACCACCGAUGCUAUUCGCCCAUCACUUUUGGCAAAAAAUGGGAUGCCAACGGUGAACUCAUCAGACAAUACUGUCCCGAGCUACGAAAUUUCAACAAAAAAUACAUCUACGAGCCCUGGCGAGCUCCUAUAUCCGAUCAGAAAAAGUGGGGGUGUCGGGUGACAGGUUCUGGGGAAGAGGAUGGAGAAGGGGUCUAUCCGAAGCCGAUGUUUGAUUUUGAUGAACGGAGACAGACUUGUAUGGAUGGGAUGAAGAAGGCGUAUGGGAUUGGGUUGCAUGGAGAUGAUGCAGAGGUGAUGGAUGGGACGUGGAAGAACGAAUUUGGGGUUGAUGAAAGGCCGCAUAAGAAGCGUAGGGUGGACGAGUAG